CCAAUUUCUAUCUCCCUCUUUUCCAUCUCUCUUCAUGCUUCUCUGUCACUACCCUUCUUUCUCCUUUUCUCUUGAUCCUUUUCCAUGUCUCUCCCUCUUUUUUCCCCUCUCUCUAGUCUUCUCUUGGACAACCCUCCCCCUUUUCAUUCUUUGUUUCUCUAUCUCCUUCCCUAUUGCUAUCUUUUUCUCUCUCUUCCCUUACUUGCUAUCAUCCUCUGUUUCUCCAUCCUCUAUUUCUCCCUCUCCUUUUCUUUUUUCUUUGCAUAUUUCUCUCUGUCUCUCCAUUUCCACCUUCCUCCCUUUGCUUCCUUCUGCCUCUCUCUGCCAUUCUUUCAGUCUCUUGCUUUUUCUCUUUCCAUCCAUCACUAUAUCGCUCCAUCCUACAUCUUCUUCUCUCCUUUGCCCUUUCCAUCUCUCAACACAUCUGUCUCUCACCCUUUCUGUUUCUCCUCCUAGUUUUACCUUUCUUUUUCUCUCUCCUCCUCCCCUCACUCACUCUCCCCAUCUCUUUCUUUCCCUCUCCUUUCCCUCAAUCCCUAUCCUUCUGUCUCUUCACCCAUCCAUCUCUCCCUCAAUGUUAUCUACCUCACUCUUUUCUUUGCCCUCUCCUCUCCCAUAUUUCUCAGUUGUCUCUCUGUCACUUUCUUUCCACCAUCCUUACUCUCCAUCCUUUUUUCUCUCAUUAAUUAUUUAUUGCUCUCUUCCUUCCCAUCCUGCCCUCACUGCCUUUCUCUAUCCCUCUUCAUCAUUCUAUGUCUCCUGCUUUUUUUCCUUCUCUUUCUUCCUCCCUACUCUGUCUCUCCCUCCAUGUCUCAUUCUUUUUCUGUAUUGGUCUGUCUCUCUCUGCCUUCCCUUUCCAUUCUUCUGUCAGUCCAUCCAUUCAUUGCUCCUUCUUCAUCCUCUAUCUUAUCUUCUCUUUCUUACACACACCAUACUUCUUUUGUCUCUGUCUUUUCCUUUCCAUCUUCCUCCUCUGUCCUUUUCAUUGACUCUCCCUCUUUUUUUCUAUCUCUUUUCCUCUCUCCUCCCUCUCAUAUGCACCACAAUCUAA